GACUGACUCUCUUCAGCCGCACCUGAAGUGGUCAAGUCGAUUGGCCAUUUCAGAGUCGUUUAUUGUGGCUAAUAGGCGUCGUGUAUUGAGACAUGUGUUUUCGAGAGCUAGUUUGAUAUAUCUCGUCGAGUGACAACGGACGAAAGAGGCCCUUCAUUUGCCUCUUUACUUCCAUGUACUUCUUGAUCAGCCUACUACUUUUCGAACAGCCUUCACUACUCCAGAAUGACCUCUGAGGGCAAAGGGUACACAAGAGAGGCAGCCCUAUGGCCGGCCCGCAAAAUGCUCAUCUUCUUCAUUCCCGCCCUCGUUCUUGACCUGGCCAUGCUCGCCAUCUCCGUCAUCGCCUACACGGGCGCGCAGAGUGAUGGCGAUCGCCCAGCGCUGCAGAAAGCCUACAUUCGAUUCACGCCCCCGGGAAAUAUCAUUCGACCCUUGGUCAUCGCCUUGGCUUGUUUAAAUGUGGUGGUGCAUCCGACAAUCGGCACGAUGCUAUUGUUCCGCCUCGGGCACGCGACGAAGAACGGCACCAUGGAACAAAUCAAGCGCCUGCAGAGAUUUAUGCUCUGUGUGCUGCCCUAUUUCAUCAUUCUCGCCCUUGCUUGGACGAUUUGCGUCGCCUUUCAGGCCACCUAUGUGCCCAUCAUCGACGACGCGGUUUUGCCCUCCUGCCAUGUCUGGGGGUGGGAGCUGACGCAGUGUCCCAUGGUCAGCACAACGUGGAUUGGGGGCAUGAUUUAUAUUGCCAUGUACAUCGUGAUGUGCAUCUUUGGCGCCAUGACUGUAUACCGUCUGCGAUUUCUCGAUUUGGAAGCGACACAGCCUUACCAAGCUCCGGCGUCCGAACUUGAACUCACUGAGCCUCCAGCAUAUCAAAUAAGACCGCCGUCAUAUCUUUCAAGCCAGGGCAAAGCACUGUCACUUGGGACACCAAAAGCGACUAGAGCUGAACGGCCAGAAGAAAGGGGACCGCUGAUGAAGACGUUGCACGAGACAGCCUGAUUCCGAACAUACAAAUGACAUUUUGAUUCCGAGUGCCACUUGUGCCAAGUCACUCAUGUGCACUUGAGCAGUAGCUUGCCAGUAGUCUUGCGGCUCUCAAUGUCAGCCUGUGCCCGCUUGGCCUCUGCCAAUGGGUACACUUCGUGGAUCCUCGCCUC